AUGCCUGAAAACAGUACUAAAGCAGACCACCUUUGUGUCCUCGUGCAUGGACUUUGGGGAAACCCAUCUCACCUCGAUUAUGUGGCCUCUGCCCUAAGGGAACGCCAUGAUGAGGACAGUGUUUACAUUCUCUGCGCCAAAAACAACAGCGGAAACUGGACGUAUGAUGGAAUUGAGCUGGGCGGCGAGCGACUGGCCCACGAAAUCGAGGAGACACUGGAGGCGUUGGCCAAGAAAGGGCAGCAGAUCAAGAAGCUGAGCAUCAUUGGAUAUUCCCUCGGUGGGCUUGUGUCUCGAUAUGCGAUCGGCUUGUUGCAUGCGCAAGGGUGGCUUGAUAAGGUGGAGCCCGUCAAUUUCACUACAUUCGCUACGCCCCAUGUUGGGGUACGAACACCGCUCAAGGGAAUUCGAGGUCAAAUAUGGAACGGUCUGGGACCGAGAACCGUCUCUAUGUCUGGCCAGCAACUAUUCAUGGUUGACUCUUUCCGAAACACCGGUCGACCCCUGCUCAGCGUUCUCGCCGACCCGGAAAGCAUCUUUAUUCAGGGGCUGAAAAAGUUCCGUAACCGCUCUGUUUACGCCAACGUUGUCAAUGAUCGCACCGUUGUGUUCUACACCUCGGCGCUCUCUAAAACAGAUCCUUUCCACGACUUGGAUAACAUCAAUAUCAAUUACGUCAAGGGCUAUGACGAAGUCAUCGUCGACCCUGACAAUCAUCUACUGCCGACCGCACCGGAGGAACCAGAGACCCCACCGUCUCGCUGGUGGAAGCAGUUCAAAAAAGUCGUGUAUGGACUGCCCUUCUGGGCACUUAUCAUCCUGGUGGUGCCGCCUGCCAUCACAGUCUUCCUUGCGAAUGCCGCUGUACAGACAUGUCGCAGUCGCCAGCGGAUACGACUUCACUCGGAAGGUAAAAAUGGCUUGCGCUUUGGAAGAUACAAGGUGCCUUUGCUCGUGCAGGAUGUCCAGCAUGUGAUGGAGGAGGUCUUUGAGAAUGUCAAUGCUCGGCAAGAGCCUUCAUAUCUUUCAAGCACCGAGGAUGAGCUUUCUGAUUCAGCGAGUGAAAAGGUCAAAGCCAAAUUGCAGAAUCUUGACAGCGCAUCGUCUAGCCCCGGUCUAGACAGGCCCUCCAAGACUCGUUAUGAUGAGCGGGGACACCUCGUCAGCCAUCACCACAAGCUUGCACUGACGGAUGAUCAAUUUGCCAUCAUUGACUCCCUUAAUGCGGUGGGAAUCCGGAAAUAUCCGGUCUAUAUUCACAAGCACCGACACAGCCACGCAGCAAUUAUUGUCAGAUCGCGCAAGGAUGGAUUUAAUGAAGGCAAAAUUGUUAUGAAGCAUUGGCUAGACAAUGAGUUUGCGGUCUGA